AAAAACUCUUCCAACGAGGAAAUCCUCACAAGCUUACACGGUUUUGGAGAAAAGUUCUUGGAAUUGUGGAGUAGUAAUCAGUCGCGGGUAUCUCCAGAUAGACGCGGGAAGCUGUUCCAUGAUGGAGGAAGAGGACGAUACUGUGUUCAUGACAAUCAAAGGUGAUGAUGAUGAUAGAGUGUGGUCAAGCGUGGGUUGGGUCAGCGAAGAGGACAUUAGGACAGAAGACAGUGAACUUAUUGACCUUCACAAGAGACUGGUUGACCUGAAGGAAGAGAUGAAGAAACUCAACAAGGAGACUGGCGGCAAGCUCGUAUUUAGAAAUCCAUCAGAUUACUUGGCUCGUAAAAAGGCUAAAGAAGACGAGGAACUAGAGAAAGCCAAACCCAAGCGAUCCAAGAGCUCUGUUGACUCAGAGUAUGUUGUCAAACGACGCAGUUGGAUAGAUCGCAGAAAGGACACCAAUGAUGCACACUCCCAAGAGAUCAGGUCAAAACGGCGGUCGUUAAAUCUUGAUUCAAAAGCAGAUGGUGGACUUUCGCCAAGAAAAACUGCCCCAGAUCGACCUCAUAGACUUCCAGUUAAAAGUGACAGUCAGAUUCCUGUUGCCGAUAGGCCUUCUAGGAAUUUAAAUUCUUCUGUUGUAAGUGAGAAGGGUGAGUUGUCUGCCCCUGCUAGAAGUCCACGUAGAGCUACCUCACCCACAACAAGUCCAACACGAUCCACAAAAAAGACAAGAGCGCCUCCACCUCCAGUGGCUCCCUCAGUUUCUCCUGUCCCCACCGAACCACGUCCAGUACUUUCUCCUCGUAAAUCUAAACAGGAAGCAGUUGCCGCUGAAAAAUUGAAAGAGGAAGUAAAAACACAGGAAGCAAACUUGUCCGAAAAAGUAAAACAGGAAGUAAACCCUCCUCUAGAAGAUACACCAUCACGUCCCCCUCGUAAAAAGCGUCCAUCAUCUUCCACAUCACCUGAUCGUGCUUUUUGUGUGCCUUCUGUAGAUCUUUCCAGCAAUUGUUGUGAUAUAAAGACAGAAAAAAGUUUCUCACCAGAACCAGAAUUGAUUCCUGAUGCUCCAGUUGUUAACGGUGAAGUUAGUUUAACUCUGAUAUCUAUCAAUCCUAAAGGAGAGGACUCGACAGAACCUCAAUCUUUGAGUGUUGUUAAAUCUGUUAACAGUCAAACAUCUCCUGAGGAGAGGAGUUCAACCAGUGAUCAGGUGACAACUGUAUCAUUGAAAUCUGACGUAUCAGAAAUAAAAGUUACCAGUCAGGACACUCCUCUCUCCAACGGACAUUCACCAUCCUCACAAGUUACUGAAGAACAGAUAGUACAGGUUAAAAAAUCAAAAUCAGAAAGUGUUCCUCAAUUUAGUUCAGCCAUCUUUGAUGACAGUAUAGUAGAUGAGGAGGUUGAAUUAACUUUCAAACAAUUUUCACAGCAACCUCCUGAUGUUGUUUCAUUAGCGGAGUCAAUUCAAUCCACACAUUCGGGUACAAGUUCUGAAUCUUUUGCCCCCACCCUACCAUCAUCCCCACCCCCAUUACUGCCCCUGGGUGGUGUUCCAAAAAAGUUAGCAUCAGCAGAAUCAGUGGAGGAAGAGGUCCUAGAGGUUGUGACUUCACCUAUUGUGGAACACAAACCAAUCAUUGAGGAGAAAAUCCUUGAGUGCGACCCUGUUGAAGAAGAAGUGAUAGAAAUCACAAAAGUUACCAAGAAAGAAACGCUACCAGAGGUUAUCGACAUUCCAAAAAUAGAAACAACUCCAGAAGUUAUAGAAGUUACAAAAAAUACCCAGAUAGAAACACUUCCCGAGGUUAUAGAAGUUACAAAAGUUAACCAGAUAGAAACACUUCCCGAGGUAAUAAAAGAUACAACAAUCACAGAGGAAGAAAAAGUUCCAAUUGUUGAAAGGGAGGUAACUUCUCCAGUAUCAACUGCGUCGGACCUACGAGCAGAAUUUUUUGGACUAAAGAAAAAAUCUGGACCUGUGAUGUCAGAGGAAGUUGUUUUUGAGGAAGAUCUUCCUCCGACAAAUGGAGAUCACAUGGAUGUCUAUAUCAAUGACAUCAAAAAUGAGGUCAGUUUGAAGGAGGCAGAUGAUAGGGACGAAGAAUCGGACAUAUCGGAGGCUGACGAACAACAGGAUGGUCAUUUCAAGGCUACAUUUACUCCAGGUGAUGCCCAGACUGGGACUUUGCCUUCAGAUGUCGCCUUUGAUGAUGAGAAUGAUGGCGGUAUCCAACUGAUCUCCUUCAACACCACAGAGAGUUCCAUGCUACAGAGUCCCGGGGAACAGUCACAGACAGACUCCGCCUUUGAUGAGAUGAUGUCGAGUACAGACCAUGACAAUAGUACCCAGGUCAGCCUCUGUAACACACUCGAGGACUUCCAGGAACAAGAGGAGGAAGUCACAGAAAUCAUGGAAGUCCGAGACUUUGAAGAAUAUCACAGUCCACCAGUACAGGAACCAGUUCAGGUGGACGAAGUCAUCUUUGUUGAAUCGACUCCACAAUCUUCAGAACCUGAACCAGAAGUGGAAUUAGAGCUAAAAAAGCAGGAACCAGAACAAGAGCCAGAGCAGAAGCCCAUUGUCAUUGAAACAAUGGAGGUUGUCAAAGAAACAAGAGUUGAAUCUGCACCCAAGCCAAUUUUCUCUCAAUCGGAGACAGUUUUAGUUGAUGUAGCUGUUACAAAUAAGAGCACAGUUGUCUCCCCUCCCACAACUCCGCAGCAUGCCUCGUACAAUGCUGGGCUCCGGGACACAUCAUCCAUUGUCAAGAAGGCGCGUAAUUUCUCGGACAUCAUCACAGAACCACCUAAGUUUACUGUUAAAGCGAGUACGAAGGAAGUGUCAGAGGAGAGACUGAAACAGUUGGACAUGGAUAGGAAGGCUAUUCUACAGCAAAGUAUGAAGUCUACAAAGUCGGUAGACAUCUCGUACUCUGACGAAGAGGAAACAGUCAUAGAAGAUAACAGCAGCCCAAGUCCAUCACCAGGAGUUACUGACACGCCACAAUGGAACGCUGACAGUGAGGAAGAUAGGACGACAGAAACUGAUUAUAAAGUCACUCUUAAAAGCAGUGUCAAUUGGGAGGAUAAACCCGAAAAGGUCAAUCUUUAUAGUGCAAACAUCACCGAGGACGGUAAAACAACAGAAAUUGUAGACAGGGAAUCCAUUGCGGAUCUCGGCUCGACACGUAAACAGUGGGAAACAUUGUUCCAGUCCUCAACAGUAUCUUCACCAGCGCCAAAACCGACGCCCAAGAAAAGCUCUGUAAAACACUGGGAGGUGAAGCUUCCAUAUAAACCAGUAGGUGUGGUCAAUUCUGCAGAGCCAGCUGCAGAAGAGCCACCUAGUGAAAAAAAAAUGGAGGAAGAAUAUGCAAACGAAAGUGCCAUCGCUCGCGAAAUUCGUCUCGCCAACGAGCGAGAAGAAAUGCUUAAACGUGAGCAGGAAGAACGAAUGGAACUUAUGAAACGCCAGGAGGAUUCAAAGCAGAUGAAAACAAUAGCAACAUUUGAGGCACAGAACAAUAACAACAACAAUGAAUUAAAGACAAUGUAUCAUGAAAUGACAGAGGCUGACCGUGGAUCUGAACUACAGCGACGGGAAACCAUCAUCAAACAGGAGAUCGAGGAACAACAGGAACGUGAGCAGGCCGUCGGUCAAAGUGUUGUCAGUGACAACAAGGAGGCUGAUACAACCAAUGACCAGAUUGAUGCCACAGAGAGUGUGAUAGCUCGUGAAAUUCGUCUUCAGCGGGAACGUGAGGAAGAAAUCGCUAAACAACGACAAAAGGAGGCUUCUCCACCCGCUCCUGUAGCCCCUCCACCUUCGGUACUUUCGGAAACAGUAAUUAAACCAGAGGAGGUUGAAGAAGUAGAAUCUGAUCCACAGUCAGAGAUUUCAUAUGAGGAGGCUAUAGGGGCAUACCAACAUGUAGGGGAGAGUCUAAUAGCAAGGGAACUCCGUGAGACACGGGAACGUGAGGAAGAACUGCAAAGGAUGAGAGAGGCUUUGUCAAAAACAAAACCUGCUCAAGAACCACCUAUCUCCAGUUCAAAAACGUCGAUUCAGAAAAGUACACCCCAGAAAUCGGAACCUGUUAAAACAAAUUAUUUGUCCUCAAGUGUUCAAAACAAAGUCUCUAGUCAGUCCACACCAAAUAAAAGCAUUCAUGUAACCAUGACACCACCAGUCACACCACAGAAUCAUAGCGAUGCUAUUCCAGAAAAGAGAGAAACUCCGAUUGAAAAAGAGAUACGAUUGGCUAGAGAAAGAGAAAAUGAACUCAGGAGGCAGAAAGGUCUGCCAGAAAUUGCUGCUCCUGUACCAGCAGUGAACAAUGACCCAGUACCGGUUUAUAACGGAAUGGAUGACAAACUUCCAACUGUGUCACCGUACAGAAAAUUAAAGUCAUCUGAAAAAUCAGUAGCCAUGAGAAAUUAUGGGUCAUCCAGAUUACAAAGAGAACUUGAAACACAACGUGCUAAAGAGCUGACAUUGAAACAGGAAGGAACGAUUAAGUCAACAUCUGAGGAUCAUAUUCAGACUCUAAGGUACACUGAAGAGAAGUCAGAUAAACCGGUUAAACGCAACUUUAACAUUCAGCGAAGAAGUAUCAGUAAUAUGUCUAAUGAUUCAGAAAAGACACCUUCGGAACAUUCUGAUACUGAUUCUCUCAAAGACCUGCCAAUCACCCCUGUAGCCCUGCCCAAAGAGGAGGUGCCUAAUAGAUUCAAACGUAGCAUUUCAGCAGGAUCAAACUUGUUUUCCUAUAAGGAAACCACACAGAAGGCCGAGUCCAAAAUUGAAAAGGAACUUCGUGAAAUGAGAGAACGAGAAGAAGAGCUAAAGGAGCAGAGACAAAAGAUUGCGGCAGCUGAGAAAGCAAACAGCCCAAGAUGAAAUGUCUGUCAGUUACCUUGUGAUUGAAGACAAAGUGACUCUUUCUCUCCAAACGGCCUCAGUGUUCAUAAUAUAUAUGCAAUUUACUUUGUUAAAUUCUAUCAAGUUGGAGGAUUUUCUUUGAUGAUAGAGAAAAAAUGGCUUAUUAAGCGAGAGUUGUCAGUGCUGAGCAUAUUUUCAAAGCCUGGUGCUUGCCCCCUUUACAUUCUGUAAACUGGCUGGAAGGUAGCUGAGUCACUGAGACAAAGCAGGAUGUGUACAAGUCCUCAGAGACAAUUUUUCAGUAUUUUUCUGCAUCCCAAAUAGUUCAAUGGACAUUUGUUGGAAUUUUUUUCAUAUAUAAUAUUGAAUAAUCAUGGCAGUGAAAUUUAUCUUUUGUGCAAUGAUUAUAAACUUUUCUGUACAUGUUGGUACAUUCAUUUGAACAAAAUUUUACUUAUUCUCACUUUUUGAAACCAACAAGGACGAUACAUCAUUUGUUUUGUUGUCAUGUCAAGGAUGACAUCAUUAACCUCCAGGAUAUAUUGUUAUUUCUUCCAUUGUCAACAUAUCUACAUUAAUAUCGAUCCUUUGUCACCUUCCAUAUUGUUCCUUUAAUUUGAAAAGUUCAUAAAAACACAUCACAUUUUAGAUUAUAACACUCUAUAUAUGUCACGUGUCCUGAAAAAUAUCUAGAUUUAAAUAAGACAAACAUAUUGAUCCAACUCUACUCUCCUAAAAUCUUUAUCUUUAUUUUGCAUGAAAUUUCUGUUCAGUCCUUGAAUAUAUUUUAAAGGUCAAAGUUCAGAUUGGUAGUUGUGUGUUUUACUGGUCCUCAAGUCUACAAGAAUAAAAAGGUGACAUGUUACCUCCCCUGCCCAGACAUGUUACCUCCCCUGCCCAGACAUGUUACCUCCCCUGCCCAGACAUGUUACCUCCCCUGCCCAGACAUGUUACCUCCCCUGCCCAGACAUGAAAUAUUAUCUCCCCUAGACAAUUUACUGCCGUCGUAAAUAGUGGGCAGUGCAUUACUUCACUAUGGAACCAGUAAGCACUUCAAGUUUCAGACGGCCAACUUUCCUUUAUAAGUAUAAAGCUGGGGAGCUAUUUUAUGUUUCAAAUACUUGCAAAGGCAAAGCCUUUUCUGUGUAAACGAAGAAAUAGUGGUUGUUGGGGUAGUGGAGUCUGGCCCGUCUGCCGUGGUUAUACAAACUGGCUAGGUCAGAAUACCAGUAAGUAUAUUGAUCAUGAUACAAAACAACACUUCAUGGUUACAGUGUGUAAAUGUCAACAUCGGAGGACUUAGAUAUCCAAUAUGUUUAUUGGGUUCUGGGUAGUCUUUGUCAAUUGAACUAAUGUUAAUGAGUUCUUCUCAUCCCUACUUCUUCCACCUCCAUAUCUAUAGGCAGUGAUCAACAAAAUAUUGAUUACUUUUAAUAAAGUGACAAUAUCAUAUUUACGGAUUAUACAUCUGAUUUUUUAAUAUAGAGCAUUUAGACUUAAACAAACAGACUGACCAAAUAUUCCUCACGACAUAUAUAGAGGUCGGGAUAUUAUUAAUGUAACAAAGUUAUAUUAAUCUGUCAAAUUAUUAAUGUCAAUUAUGUCAUAUCUGAAAAGAAAAAAAUCAGUUUAAUGAUCCUCAAAUUCUUGAUAUUAUCGUCUAUGUAUGAUGUUAAUUCCGUGUAAUUUGUCACAAUUUGUUUAGAUUUGAAAUACCUAUGUAUAGUGUAUCCCUAUCUUCUGUAAGGUGUUAAUCAAUAUAGCUGGAUUAUAUACAGGACGGAAGAGACCAGAUCUGACAGACCACAAUAUCACAGUUUUGUAGCCUACACUGCUUACACUGUGAGAAGGGUGUCGGUCAAAAAUUUAACAACAUAAGUUUACCAACCUGAAGUGUUCUUUAUAUUAUCUAAUAAAAAAUACUGCAUGAAAUUCUUUUUUUUUUUGCUGCGGAUUAAUUUCUAGAAAUCAGUUCAGCUUACUACAAUGUACAAAAUCAUAACAAAUGCAUGAUAAUAACAUAUCUGUAUUCAUGUUACAUUAGGUUUGGUAAAUUUUCAUCUUUGUCAAUUCUUAUUUUUCAAGUGCCUUUUUUCUCUAAUUUUUUUAUGGAUAUAAUUUUUGUUGGUUGAAGGGAGCUAAUACAUGGAACAGAUAAAACUGUAUAGUAUUGUAUAGUCAGAUUUGUUAUUAUUGUUCAUAAUUUAUUAACAGAAUUAAAUAUUGUUUCAGUUUGGCUAAACUGUUUAAAUAUCUCAAUGAAAAGCAGGUAAUACACUUCCAAACUGUUGCCAUUAAUAUUGUGUAUAUAUAACCAUAGACAUUAUAAAACAUUAAAAGUUUUAAUAUUCGUGAGUGGUAUAUAUCAGUAUGGUUAUACAUGUCUCAAAUUGAAAUGAAUGAUAAAUGUAUAGUUUGAUAUGAAUUAGAACAAAUGUUAAUGACUGUGUGAUAUUAUCCCAGAUGUGUUGGAAACAUCGUCCUCAGAGGCUCACAGGUGUCUGACACAAUACACGAGUGAUACUUUAAAAAUAUCUAUCUGGCUAUUGUGUCAUGCCCCUGUGUGUUAAACAAUAGUUUGUGAUAAUGUAUGGUACCUAAUGUGUGAAACAUAUUAAUAUAUUACUGGAUAAUAUCUGUAUAUCUACAUGUUCAAUUUAGUCAUGUACUAUUAAAAACUUUUACAUAUCAGUUAAUCCUAAUUAGAAAGUAAAAAUAUUACAAGUACAUGUAUAUAACAUAUACACAGCAUUCUGUUGUAACAAACCUUUGUCGGACACAUGAUUUUAGGUAUCGUAAUAAAAAUCAUCCAUGAUCUUAGUGGACAAGUCUGGACUUACAAGUCGUAUGGUCAAUCAAGGUUCUGGCUGAGUUUGUAAUGACUGGAGUUUGUUGUGUAUAUGAUAUACAUAAUGUGACAAGUUACGUAUGAUGUAUAUUUUGGUUGAUCACAUCAAAUUGAAUCUUUAUAUUGCAUAAAAAUAUUACAUAUAUACAUAUAUCUUAUAUAUAUAUCAGAAUAAAAGCUAUAAAAAUUGA